GGCGAGAGGAGGAAACAGACGAACACAGCCAUAUGAUCAUCCACCACACUCUCCUCAUCCUCCCCCCCAGCGAGUGAGGAGAAAACAAGGCACAAGCGGCCGCAAGACAAAAUAAUGGUUCUCGAGGUUCCGAAGAAACCCGUUGUGCCCCGGCUUUUCCCUCUCGACAACUGUUUUCUUGUUUCCUCGUCUCCCGACCGCGAUUGCUAAUCUCGUGUCUCACUCUACUACCUCUACCCCCUUUCUCUCGGCAGCAGGAAAGCCUUCUCCGCGAAACUGCCAGCUUCGGCGGCCACGACUCGCGAGCGCCAGCGUAGACAGCACCCAUCUCAUACUUUUUUAUCGGAGUAAACCACAGAGUUGCAAUUCUCCAGCAUUUCCUUUUUCCCUCUCUGAAGGAUCAAACUUAAACACUAAGCUGUCAAGCCUCUAUCGAGCUCGGCGCGCCGCGAGACUGUUCUGCUGUCUUGUCUUGCCGCGUUAGCCUCCACUUGGACGUGUUGGUAUUUUCAAACGGCUUUUUCUCCGACUUCAGUGGAGAAAAAACUUUCGUCUUUUGAAAUCGAAGAGCGCCUCGAAGGGAAACCACCUCCGGAUCUACACGGUAUGCCAGACCAGGUUUCGGCUUGAGGCUUUCCACACCGACUGAAGAAGCCAGAUUCUGUUUUUCACGACCUGCUCCUAAUGGAAACCAGAGGGAAGCAGAGCGUACUACGUUUCCAUCCCUUUUGUUUUUUCGCGCCAGUGGCGCGGGCACUCCCAAUAUUAUCUGACCUGUUAUCCCCAGUCAGAGAUCCAUUCUUGUCAAGUUCCUCGUUUCCAUUGAGCUCUCGGAGCUGCGAGCUGCCUCGGAUUCAGGACGGAUUCAGAACAGAUCUUUUCUUGGACGGCGCUCCACGCCUAUGACGAAACCGUCGACUCCGCAAGCGAUCCUCACUUAUGAUCGGUCUCCCUUGUUAUUUCUUCUUUCCCUGUGGACGGCACACCGGUUCGUCGUCCUCCACGCUUUGUUUUUUCUGCCCGCCGUUUUCCCCGUGACUUUUGUUUUUUCAUUUUUCUUAAACGUGCUGUCUCUCCUUGAAUUUCCACUCUGCGGUCUACGCAGCAGUCGCGUCGCGCCCGUAUCAAUUGGCUUGUUCUUCUAUCAAACACUUGGACGCCCACUGCGUCUCCCAAAGCGGUACCGUCUACCUCUGUGAUCCGCUCUGCGCGUCUGCGCGACCCAUCUCCUCCUUUCCACUUUCCUUUCCGUCUAUUAUGCGACGUUUCGUCCAGAAACUGUGACCUCUUCCUUGCAGUUUCCUCCGUUGCCUGCGCGUCCCCCUUUCCUCGCCUCUCGCCCUCGAUGGACACGCGUCUGAAGCCGGUUCGUGCACGCGAGAAGCGUCGCUCUUUCUUCUACGACCAACUGCCGCCUCCCAGCUCGGGGCCUUCUUUUCAGACUGGGGAAGACGCGAGUUCGACUCCGGCGAGCCGCGCCAGCACCCCGUCCGCGGCUGCGGCUGCAGCGGCGGCGGCAGAGGCGGCGGUGCACGCGUCGGAGGCCAGUUCCUCCUCACCUCGAGGUCGCGGUAGUUCGUGUUUGUCGACAUCUUCAGCGCUCGAUGGGUCCUCGACGCUCGGGUCGACGAAGCUCCUUUCCUUCUCACCGGGCAGCAGCGGCUCGGCUGCGAACUCCGCGUACAGUGGUGCCGCUGGAGUCUCUUUGCACCCUUCUCGGGGAUCUGUGGGCUACGACUUAGGUUCUCGAGGAGCGAUUGCGAGCUCCGCAAGUGCGGCGCAGGCGGCGGCUGCGGCCGUCGCCUCGCUGCAGCAAGAGGGCGGGACAGGGCGAGAAAGAGACAGUUUUCGGCCUUCUUUGAGACGCGUGCAGUCGCACUCCAGGCUGUCGAUAGGCGCCGGCGAAGCGGCCUUGUCAGGUGACCGGCAGUGGGUGGGAGAGAGUGGGCGACGUCUCGCGAGAGCUGCCCUCGCUGCGACGGCGGCGGCUUCGCUCGGGUCCCUGAGGCGCAGCAAGGAAUCGACGCUGCCAGGGAAGAGGGGGGGAAGCGCAGGCUCUCUGCUGCCCGUGAAGGAAGAAGACGAGGAAGACGAGAGAGGUCGGAGAUGCUCGGAGGUCGAAUCUGACAACAUGAAAGGCAGCGAUGAUGGCCACGACCCCGAAGAUGGCGCUCAAUUCGAAAACCAAGGUCAACUCGGGACCGACUUCAUGCGGAAUGUGCCCAUGGUGGUGGGAAUUCCGGUCUACGGGGUGGGGACGGGUGUGACGCUUGGAAGUUUCCUGGGGCUACUUCUCGUCGGUCUCUUCAUGACAUACCUGUUCACGUCGUGGUACGCGGCCAACAUUCUCUCGGUGGAUUUGCCGCUUCCGGCUUCGGGCCUCGACGCCACGUUGCACCUGCGGAACUGCGCCGUCCAGUUCCACCCGCUGCCCGAGGAAGAGAAGGCUGCCGGGCGCGGGAGUUUCGUUCGGAUGUCCGCAUGGCUCGGAUUUCAAGAGGUUCCUCGACAUGCACGGUCACGGGAGCAGACUCUGGAUGAUCGCACCAAACCGUGGAAGUGGAGGAGCAGCCACGACUUGAUGCUUCUCCUGCGUUUCUCGAGCUACGACCCUUGGUUCCGCUGUACUGUUCGCUUCUACCUCGCUGACGACUUUGUCUUCAAGUCUCUCGACAUCUUGUUCUUUCCUGCUGACAACUACAUCAACCUCGACGCGAACAUCCCCCUGGUCGUGAAGGACCGGCUGUCCGUGGACGCGUUCCACGCCUUCAUUCGCUUCAGCUCAAUCGAGGCGAAGGCAAUCUCCCUCUCCGUAAUUGACGGUCACCUCGACUUUCUCCUCGAUGGACCCGCCUCGCACUACAGCAACCAGCCGAUUCUGGUCAACAGCCGCACGGCGAGCGUCAGUCUCCAGAGUCGGUCCCCGCUUUCAGUCUCGUUGGACGCCGACGCCGCUGCGCGCAGUUUACUGCGGGCGUCGGGGCACAUUUCUGUCUCGACGCCUCCAGGUCUGAUGCGGCCUUCCGGAACCUCGCACUCUGGAAGACGUGUAAAUUCCGACGACGCGAGUGAUCGCAGCCACGGGAAAGGCGACGACUCCUCGUUCUCGUCUGAAGCGUCGCCAACUGUGCGGGCUCUGCUUCACCCGUCAGACGCCUCGACAGUCUUCGGCGGCAUCAUGGCGAUCCCCAUCGCCCUGGACUGCGAGCAGUGCGCCUUCUACGCGACGGCGCGGACGCUGCAAGAGUCUCCGGAGGAAACUUCGAUGGAGACCUGGGUGGGUCAAGUCCACUCGGCUCAACCCCACCUCAUCCCGUACGCCGAGGAGAAAGUCUCUGCGGCCCUCAAGUGGGUGGAGAGCGACCCGUCGGCCCCGUGGGUGAUCAAUGUCGAGGCCGCCGGCUUGCCGGAAGCUGCAGGCGUCUGGCGGAUCCUAUCGAGCAACGCGUAUCUGAGCAAUGUCUACUGGUUUGUCAUGCUUUCGGGGGGCAUGCUGAGGCCCCGCACUCUCCACUUGCCCCUCCAGAUCAUGGGACUCUUCUGCAGGAGCGUCAUCGACGUGGACGAAGACGACCGAGUUGCGGACGUCAUCACCUCGGCCGAGGACUUCCUCGCAGAAAGCGUGUCACACUACUUCACAAGAAAGAGACAAACCGGCAGGACAGGCAGAGGCCUCAAAUGGGGGCUAGGCUGGAAAAAUCCAAGCAGCGAAGAGGACUUGACUCCGGCAAAGGCCGCCACCGACCUCAUUCGCGCAGCUUUUACGGGGAACGCAGAUGACUCGAGUCGCCAACAAAACCCCACAAGGAGACUCCUCGCAGUGCCUGAAGAACACGAUGGCGAGGUGAAUGCUGAAGAUGGAGAUCGAGGAGAAAAGGCGAUGAAACACACUAAGAAGGAAGCGACCAUGACAGACACGGCGGGUGCCGGUGAAGUUCCCUCCACGGGUCUGGCUUCGACAAGCCGCGACAAGUACCGCUACCAGUUGCUCCAGAGUCGACAGAAGCUGUACGAGCAAUACUACGCAGCGAAGAAGAAGAAUGAAGAGAGACUCUGGAAGGCCGCAGUGGGGGCCUCAGAUCCCUUUGCCCCGCCGACCAAGCCUCCCUUCUCUUCAAAGGAGGACUUUGACGAGGAGCAGACUGGUGACGCUCACGCGACGGGACUGCCGAGACAACCGGGUGUGGAGGAGAACGGGGGGAAGGCGGAACAAGGCUCGCAGAGCGGAUCCGCCUCUUAUCAAUCUCUUUACAGACCCACCGCACUCCCGACCGUCGCCUCCUCAAGUCUUCUGGACUUAGACGAUGCUCAGCGUGCGUUUUUCCAGGACGCGUCGCCAGCGCCGGUGCGCAUGCUGCUGGCGAAGGACUCUGCGUACCCCGGAGCGUCCGUGGGCCCCACCAAGCCUCUGACGAUGUGCAUCAACGAAGUGAUCGAAGACACUUUCCUUGUCCUCUGGAAUGCCUUGCAUGACACUCGCUCACCCUCCACGCUCUACGUGUGGUCGGCGGACUAUACGGGACCUGAAUACCUUUACUCCGUUCUCAGCGACGCUCUCGUCAAGACUCGCGUUGGAGUGCGGGACACAUGGUACUUUCUGGUCGCCAUUAUCAUCAACCUCGUGGCGACCCUCGUCCUGGCGGUUUUGGUGGUUUAUGCUGUCUACGUACACUUUUUGCCGCGACUGAAGAAGCAAGACCGAGAGACUGUUGUUUUACGAGACGCCAGUCACCGUCUCGACCACGAAAUCUCAGGGAGCGCUUCUUCGGCGGAAUCUGACUCGAGUUGGAACCUGAUGGUUUCACGCGUGUACUACCCUUGCCACGGUCUCUUGCUCCGUUGGUCUGCUCCUGAGGGCCUGAGUCCGUUUGUGCGUUUGGGAGUCCACAUCCGUCCGGCUGAGGUGGCCUGGGCAGAGGCUUCGAACGACACUGCGACUCUGCUGAAGUGCGCGAAGAAGGAGCUUUACGUGUACCUUGAUGCGUCGAGUGUCCAGACAGUCCACCAGCUGGGACUGAACCAGAAGGAGUUGUUCUUGCCUAUCCAGCACCCGGGCAUGGUUGAGCUGGACACGGCACAGAGCUACAAACUGGAUCCGGCAGUCAAGUAUCGCGUUCGGCUGGUUCGCUUCACCAACCAUGGCCGGGCUCUCGACCAGUCUCGCUGGUCGCCGGAGAUCAUCUUGGGCGGCGCCAUGACUUUCACAGACUAUCCGAUCCUCGUCCUCAAACGCCUGCUGCCUUCGUCUGUCUCCUCGCUAGAUAUCUUUCUCCGGAAAUUCACCUAUGUCGCUAGCCACUUCUCCAUCCCGGUCACCCUCACAAACAUCAAGCUCCAGCUCUUCGACAUGCCGCCAGAAGCCAGAGCCAAGCGCCUCGGACGGCUCGCUUCGGGAGCGCUUCGUCGAAUCCAGAGAUCGGCGUUUAUUGCAGACGCCUCCCACACGGUGCAGCGCUGGGGAUCCGAUGUCGAGAACGCAGUCGAAACAUUGUCUUGCGACUACAUUGCCAGUGCCCACUUCGGGUACAAGGCCCAAGUGGCGAAAGAUAUUCGAUCAAAGACGGGCCGACAUGUCUACUCGGAAGUGCGCUUUCAGGGCCACCCGGCUGUGGUGGCGGGGGAUCUCCUCGACUCCGGCGACCAGAGGCCGUAUCUGGAGCUCGGCGCCAAGAACCAGCAUCUCCGGCUUUUGAAGGACCGAAUUGCCCACAACACGAUCAGCUUCGAAGUCGUUGCGGGGACCACGGGCCAGGUGCUGGCUUACGGGACCAUCCGCUUCGAGGACUUGUACCAGAUUGUUCGCGAGACUGUACAGAAUCAACGCGUUCAGGAGGAACGCAGAGAUGAAGGCGAGGGGCAAGAGGACAAGAGAGAAGGCAAGACACCUGGACGCUUCCGCAUCGGGCUUGAAUACGUCGACGGUGGAGGCCCAUGGGGACGACUCGAAUGCACGCUCGACAUCGAAAAUAUUCGCAGCUAUAUACGACACUUUGACAAGGAUGACACUACAGACCAGGCCUUCCAGCGACGUCGCGCGCGUUUGCGGACGACGAUUCAAUCCAUUAAGUCCUGUCGAGUUGCAGAUGAAGGGGAGAACGAGACUAGAUUGUCGAUGAGCGGAGGCUCAGGCGACUCGUCCAGUUCGCAGGACCGUCGGCGGCGUCUCUCGCGAGUGGAGGGAACCUCGGAGGAGAUUUUGGCAAAACUCGGAUGCUUGACUGGAGAGGGAGAAAACCGCGACGGAGAACUGUCACGGCCUGGGCUAGCCACUGGCAUCGAGCUCGCGAGUUCCACACCACGCGACGGGAAGCGCAACAGGCGUCUUUCGCGUCUAGGAGUCUCCAUCGACACAGAGGGCCUGCAAGUCCCGCUGCUUUCAGCGGCAGAGAGCCCGGCACAGGCGCCGACUUCGACUUCCUCUCGUCUGGGGUCGCACCUGACUCGAAGUCGGAUGUCUCUGUUCGCGGGGGCCGGUUCCGGGAAGGAGAGCCUGCCCUACUUUGUCAGCGAUUCUCCAGGGCGCCCUUUGCUGCAAGGUUCGGAUUUGUUUGUCCAGUGGCUGUGGCCCGACGCAGGCGGACACCCCGACCAUGUCUUUCUCGGCCUCUUUCGCCACGAAGACAACCGGUACAUCUCCGCGCUACACUGGGGCAGGCCGGUGCCGAACACUGGAAGCUACGCGUGGAGUGUGGACACGAUGUUCGAGCGAGGACAACAGUGUCAGCUGGUGUACAUCGCCAUGUUCACCAGUCCCUUGCAGCCUCCCUACGAUGCGGCAAGCGCUGUUUGUGAAUCGAAUGCCUUCUACAUUGUGCGCCCGACACCUCUCGCGGAACUGGAGCUCAUCUACGCUUCGUUCUGUCGAACUCACGGCCUCGAAAUGGAGCAUAUGUCUGAGGCCGCCCUGCACCGCUACGGCUUCGACGUCCGCGAGCACAUGCUAAAGAUCUGCCAAGACCUGCGAGCGCCUCUCUGCACAGAGCCGCAGAGUGCCGAAGCUGUUCACUGCCCAGGGCAGUGUUUGAUUAGCACGCAGUCGAAACUCGUGAUGCUCGACAGGGCCAACGACGACUUCCACGGGGGCUCGGCGGCCCAGGAAGAGAAGCAGGUUGUCGUCUACAAGUCGAUCACGCGCAAAGUGCACCUAAUUGAGAACCUGGGAGUACUCCAGAGCAUCGACUGGUGGACGCGGAGCCCCGACAUUCUGUUGCUGAACAACGACCUGUUUUACUCGAGUCGCGUCCUCGACCACUGCCGACGCCUCGGAUCCUUCCUCAGCUCCUACGCGCAUUUUUUCACGAGCAAAUGUCCGCAGACUUCCACCGCUUGGGGUCUCAGAGGUCCGGAGGGAGAAGCGAACUGGUCACUCGCCAGACGGUUCGAGUUCCGCGUUCUACCUAGUCUCAUCAACGUCUGGCUUAUCUGCAUCCAGUGCAUCAUUUUUUUCGCCUUCCCCAUCUUCGUCCUCGCUUUCACUGCCGUGCACAACUACAGCAUGACCGAAGCUACGCGAUGCCUCCAAAAGCAGAAGAACGAGCACUACUUGAGCGACGUGAUGUUUGAGGGCGCCAGUAUCGCUUCCCUCAUGCGUUUGCCUCCUGGAAACCGAUUCGUCAUUCUUUUUAGCCUCCUCUACAUGUUUGUUAUGACCGUCGCAAUAUUCUUCAACGUCUUCUUGCGUCAGCUCUUCCCUCGAGCGCUUCGCUGGCUGGACGUAACAGGACGCGCACUGGUCACGUUCUCCAUCUUCAUGACUGCUUGGGCUCUCUCGGCCUUCGUCUUUUGGUUUUUGUUGGGAGCUCUCGUCAACUCUGACAGCUUUCUGCCCUACGCCGCCAUGGUCGGAUCUGUCGUCUUCGUCGUCGGCUAUCUAUGGAUGAAUUUCCUCAGCUCGAGGGAAGGAGUGACCAAAUUCAUCGAAGACAAUCUCCAACUCCUUCUGUCCCUCGCGCUCGAUCACUGGUUCGCCAACAUGAAUCUGACCUACAGUGGAAAAGAAGAAGUCGCAGAUGAUGAGGUUCUUGUCACCUACAGAGAUCGGAUUCGAGAUGAACUUAGGGAUGGUCGCAUGCGUCUCCAGCGCGAAUAUCAGCUUGGUCACUUUGCUCAGGCAGACGACAGUGCUGACGGUUGUGAAACGCGCCUUCACGCUGAUCAUGCUCGAAUCAAACAACAGAAGGAAAAGCUCGCGAUCCCCGUUUUCGACAAACUCACCGCGGCGAACGACCAAAACUUUUUCUUCGAUGAUCACGGACAGCCCCAAGGCCUUGAGAAUAUCCCAAACUUGCCCGAAGGAGCGCGCUUCGCGACCGUCAGUGAGGUGGAGAGGCACCCGGAGAAGAUUGACGACAUGCUUGCUGGCUGGGAGUCGGCUAUUCUCAAAGACGGCGUCAAAUAUGGUCCCCGAUUCGGGUACAAAAUCGAGCGCGCUCCUCAACCUGGACAGAGUUACUCGUACGCCAUCGUCGCGGUGCCUCGCUACCCACCUGCGGAGGAGUUAGACGACGUUCUGAAGACUCAGUUGGUGUUUGACUAUUUCAACAAAGAAGGGAAGGAUUACCUUUCCAAGUCCGAGUUCAUCGCUUUCUUAAAUAAAUUGCGCGACAGCCAAGCAGACGAGCGAAACUGGCCGGAACUCCUGGAGUAUUUCAACGACAUUGCCAACACGAACAUCGACCCGAAUCGCGGCAUUACAGUUCCGGAUCUCUUAAAGAUUUACAGCCUGCAAUCAGGAGAGCUCGACAGGGACUACGAGAAACUCUACCCCACCGUUCGACAGGAAGACUUUGACGAGGACUUAGAGGACCUCGAACACCUCACAGAUGACGACGAAAUAGAUGCGCAAAGUGAAGAGGAAGUCUCCGACUACGAAGAAACGACGGAGGACGAGGAAGAGGAUGAUGACGCGGGCAGCAAAACGGGACUUCUCCAGAAAGGAGACGGAGUGGCGGGUGUCAAGGGCCUGAGUCAGGAAGAAGAGAGAAUCGAGAUAGAACUGAAGACGAAUUUGAAUGCGCGGAAGCUCCAGUACAUUUUCAACUACUCCACUCAGGAGAACAGAGGACCAGUGGUCGACGAACUCAUCUCCUCCGUAUCUUUUCUCGCCUCCAAGAUUUUGGAGACACACGUUCUCCUGCUGUCUCCAGUGUUCGGCAAAGAAGCAAUUCUGGGUGUCUCCGGCGGCUCCUCGCAGAGACUUAGUCGCAUAGGCACAUCCGCGGCGAGCGGUGUCGCCGACGACGACCGUGUCUCCGCCGCGACCAGAAAAGACGAGAGAUUCGUGACGAUGAUGAAGGUCAUUCAACUCGAGUUCAUCCAAGAACUGUCUCGACAGUUUCGCCUGGUCCACACCGCGAUGUUUGACAACCAGAACGUGAGAGCAGGUGUGCAGGACUUUUACGACAACGUGAUUCCGCAGCAAGUCUCGACUAAGGCCUCGCGGCUGCUGAAUCAAAGUCUGGAGCUCUCGAGAGCCGACGUGUAUCCGACGAAUGCCGAAUAUUUGGCGACUUCACCUCCGAAGACCGCUAGUCAGCUUCUGCGCGCCAUCCAGAAGUACCGCAUCGAAAACGACCAGGAACUCAAACAAGUGCUCACGUGCAUCUGGAAAACUCAGGGUGCCCUGCAAAUCAAACUCCAGGUUCACCUCGUCUGCAAAGCUCUCCUCGACCUUGAACUCCUCACCGAAGAUGAUUUCGUUUCAACCACCUCCGACGUCCCCAUUGACGGCGGACAAACACGAGAGUUUCGAACCCUCUGCCCAAGAGAGCCCGCAUGUCUCAAACUGAUCACCGAGGCGAUAGACAAACAACUUGGCGGUCGUCUCCGUCGGAUGACUUCGACGACGCACCUCGUUCAGGUUCUCCGACACAUUAUCGAAAGAAAUGUCUGGCUUGACUGUUUCAUUUUCCUCGUUCAGCUGAUGGGAAAUGACAUCUACAUCGACGAGCUUCCAGGAGGAGCAGUCGGAGUCGAUGGCUACGCCGGACGCUUCAAGGACCAGCCAGACGUCCCUGACGCCUAUGAUCAGCUUGAGAGCCCAGAUCAGCAGCGCUACCAUCGCAAUUUGUUGAAGAUUCGCGCAGUGUUUGACCAGCUGAGCAACUUUGCUGGUUUCCUUCCGCUGGACCUCGUCGACGAGGCCAUUCAGUUGCUUACAGACAAUCGCCUGAACUUCUCUGGAGUCGUCGCUUGUCUCCAACAUCUCAAGAUCGGCAGCGUUUAUAUCGAAGAUAGCGGCGACUUGGUCAAUACCUUCGACCACCUCGGCGUCCGCCGGGACUCUCCAGUGUGCGACAUCGAAGCCUCAAGUGAAACAGUAAACGAGGUUAUUGAUUGGACAUCUUUUCGGAAAGAUCCUGGUUGGACUCCCGAUUUGUUCCGGGCCUUCGACCGCUUGACUUCCUCGUGUCCAGGGUACAUGGGCAAAUCGCAGAUGUUCGAGUUCGUUAAGGAAAUUCACAAACUGUUCCAGCCUCAGGUGUCGGAAAUGCGCAGAGGCCGCGACCGUCUGCGGGGCAGAAAGCAGGAACAGAAGGGAGGGAUCACUCAACUUGGAGGCGUUUCCAGAGAAGUAGCCAUGCGUCAGCUUGGCGCAGAAGACGAUGCCGCAGGCGCCAUCCUUCCUGCCGAAGUCACUGUCGACACAGCUGACGAAACCAUGCGCAUGGUUUCCUUCGAGAUGUUUCACAAAGUCGCGACGAAACUCGGCUUGUCCGUGAGUCACCGGCACUCCCGCAUUUUGUGGAUCAUUUUAUCGCUCGACUCCUACGAAGAAAUUCAGCAGUUCCUGCCGGAACGCGACGUGAAACUCGGACUCAUCCGAAUUUACUUCCAGCCUCUUGUCGGCGCUGGACGUCCGGCCUCAAACCGAGACGACGUUGCGGAAAUCUGCGGAUACAAGGGCUACGUCACUUUCGUGCUCUUCAGACGCAUUUUACGACAACUCGGCGUCGUCAUCUCCGACAAGUCCGCAAGAAUCCUCUGGGAUGACCUACCGAAAGAUCCUCUCGACAUCACAGAUUUCCUGCCUUCUUCGCUUUUAAGCGAGACUUGUCCGACGAAGUACCUCCGCAUCGAAAUGGACAAACUCGGAAUGGAUCCUAUGAAGGGCCGCGUCGCCAGUAUCGAAGUCAUCCAAAAGAGACUCCCCCGCAUGCUGAUGACGGGUUUGUGGCCAGAGGCGAUUCGUGUGUUGCUGAAACUGUCCUUGCAACUGGACGUCUCGGAGAGUCACAUCACGACGGUGCUGGCGGCGAUGGAUCGCCGCGCAAAUCGUUACGGACUGAUUCGUCCGGAGGAAGUCGGAGCCAUUCUGUCGAACCUCUCAGUCGAGGGCAUGACCUUCUCCAUGUUGCGCGACGUGAUUCAAAAGAUGCGCGUCUUGAUGCCCGAGCAAGAUAUCAAACGCAUGUUUGACCUUAUGGACAUCAACCAGGAUCUCACGCUGUCUCUAGGAGAGCUUCUCAGCGGCUUCGAGGUGCUCUUUGGUCGCCUGAUGCCCGCCCUCGUCCUCAAACAAGUCGGCCUGUCCAACGAGCGCAUGCUCCUCAUUCUCUCCUGCACAACUCUCGGUCUCCUUGCCUUCUUCGGAUUCCUCGGUCUCGCCUUCUCCAGCUUCGAGAGCUUGAAGAGCGGCAUCAGCACAGCGGUCCAGUCUUUGCUGGCAGUGCUCGGAGCCGUCGGACUGCAGUCGAGUGCAAGUCAAGAAAUGGAGCAGGUUCAAGAGAGAAUGAAGGCGCACAUCGAGGCGAUCAUGGGAGACCAGCUCUCGAAGGCCAAAGAACAAGUAGAGGAACUCCAGGAAUACAUCAAACCUGAACCGCCUUCCAAAGAGGGGAAACCAUCAAAGCUGCGCUACUUUGUGCCCCGGAAGUUCCGCCCCGACCUCGAGGAUCCAAGGCCUUGCGUCACUUUCUCUCCUGGCUCCUACGUCCGUCUGGAUCCGACUGUGUCGGGUCGGAUUGACCGCGACAAACUGCGGUGGACAAUCACACCCCGCAUUCCAAAAAAGACUGGACUCACCUUCAAUCCGAGAACAGGUAUUAUUGAGGGAACUAUUCCGAUUCAUGAAGAGCAUGCAGGUUCCUUCCAAGUGUCUAGCCUGGGCGAGAAGCGCGCUUUCAGACCGUCGGCUUCUCUAAAUGAGUACCCCGACAACGAUGGAGCGAACGACGACAAAGGCAUGCAUCAUUACCAUAUGGCUCGACUGGGGACUCACCAUGAGUCCUUUUCAGAGAAGGUGUUUCGGCUGUCUCGAAAAACCUACACUGUCGUCGUCCGAAACUCGGCCGGAUAUGCCCGAACCCGCGUUACUUUCCAGAUCCAGCAUAGAAGCAUCAUCGGGCGCCAACAGCAGAAGAAGGAACCGGCAAAAGAAGGAGGGCCUGAUUCGCGGAAGGAUCUGAGGAAGCGGCAGACUGUCCGUCUUGCCGACAUGGAUAUGUAGAAAGGACCGAAAAUGCAAAACAUAAAAGAGAGAUUGGGCGGCUCUUUUGUUUCGCCAAGGUUCGAUUUCCGACGAGAUGUGGGACUGCUGUACCGUCGGCGGGUUCGUGAGCUUUGCGGGCGCAGUCAAACGUAUCGCAGUCUCGUGGAGGAUCGAAAGAAAACGCUAACAAGAACUCCUCUCAGUUUUUCUUCUCGCCUCCAACGUGCAAUGUGUGAAGAGGAACGAAGCUGAGACGCAUGAUAUUUGCUUGCUUCUGGCCCGCGGCAGAUGCGUCGUGGAGUGGCGGGACAUGAUUCUAGAGACGCUUUCACUUGUCGGCUGAACCCGGAUGCAGGAGAAACGUGACAGAUAUUUCUUUUCUUCCGAUUCUGAAAUACAGUUUUAUCCGUUAAACAUAUAGAUGCAUGUGAACGCGAUGAAGAUGUAGUCGUACCUCUGUGCGUGAGUGAACAACUCCACAUAUGUAUGUUCGAAGGUGGGCAUAUGCCUCAAACCAUGUAUAUGUUCUGUAUCAAUAAAUACAAGUCAAGUUACCAGCUCAAAUCAAGUACGGGGUCGAGAAGGUGGUGUCGAUUCCGAGACCUCAGUGCGGGUGUUGGAUGCGACGGAACCUCUUGGUAGAUUGGGGUGAAAACUAUUUGAGACAGCUUUGUCAUGCGUCCGAAAAUAGAGAAAGCAGGACGAAGGUGUUUUCACGUAUCAGGCUUCCGGGAAAACUUUCCACUCCAUCUUUUCUACGUUUUUUCGAACCCUCAAGAACAAAUCUUCUUUUGAAGCUUCCUACGA